GAGCCGAGCUGUGUGUUUGUGCGCGCGGGCGCGCGCAGGCUGGAAGACGUAGCACGAGGUAUUCUGGUCCCGCCUUGGCCGGAAGUGUCUCCAUGGUAACGGCGGGCGGUUCGGGCCGGGCCGGAGGGGGGCAAGCCACCGCCCGCCCCGGAGCCGACUGCUUAUUAUAAUGAUGCCACUGUGACUGACUCCUCUUCACCAGCUGCGCUCAUUGAGGGUGUGGGAUGGCUCUACAUGGCCUCAGCAGGGCCAGAAGCCUAUAGCCUAGGCCUCAAAAGGGGUAGCCAGUUCCAGGUGGGCAUUCCAUCAGGGCUGACAGUGCCACCACUCACUGUGAAGCUACAUGAGAGCAAGGCCUGGCACUUUGCUAAGCAGCAAGUGAAGCCCAUCUGGCAGCUGGAACAUAAUCAUGUGACUGCUUUCCAGGACCACUACCUGGGCUGCUCAGGGAUCUCUUCUCAGCGUUCCCGCUUACUGUACCCAGAAUCGUUAUGUGGUGAGGCAGUGCUCCUAAGCCCACCUGCAUCUCAGCCCCACCCUUUCCCAAACUUCCUUGGAAGCACCUUGCUCUAUCGACGUUCUUACUUCAGACACAAGCCCUACAGGAGGCUUGAGUCCAUCUGUUUGCAACCUAAUACUGAGGAGAAAAGGCCUCUUCAAAUCCCACCCCCUGCCUAUCACUCUGCUCCGAACAACGUUAUGUCGUCCUCAACUAUGGAUCCAUUCCUUGUGCCAAGCACUGCUGGUGAACGUUCCAACCUGGUGUCAAAGGGGUUUCCCUUCAGCUCAGGGAAGCAAGCUUCCAGUUCCUACAGACCAGUGCUAAACAACAAUUCUUUCCUGAGGCCAACUAGUGCUAAAGUGCCUUUGCAGCACCACCAACAACCGCUGCCACCCGAGAAUAAGAAGCUGAAAGUCUUAUCAAGGCCUCCAGGGUUCUCCUGGACCCAUUCUGGAGGAAAUGGAGAUGGCUGUCCUAUGGUUUUUGAAAGGAAAUUUGGAAAAGGCAGUGGCUUAGCUCUUGAGCAAACCAGUGCCAAAUCUCUUCACUCACCUUUAUACAAUGGCAAAGCAGAACGGCCUUCUUGGCGGCUUGAGGAUGGUGAGAAUAGGUCUCAGAACCUGAAAGAACAAGAUGUACGGUUGACAGAAGCCAUGAGGAAGCUGACUGCAAGUGGUAUCCGGAAGGUUAGUACCUACAAUGAGUUUGGUCACCGCAUUGACAGCUCCUGCCUUAUGAAUGCGAGUUUCCACUCCAGUCUGUUCACUCGAUGGAGACCUCACAUUGUAGCACAGAUCACCCCAAAGGAAGUACCAGCUGCCAGUCCCUUGAAUUUGGAAACUGGUAGCCGCCACCAGAGCCUUACUGGCACAGAAGUUCCUGAUGUCUGCACUAAACACAUCAGUGUUCGCUUUCUUGGCUCAAAUACUGAACCUUCUAACCCCAUCACUGCGAGCCAGGCUGCCAACCCCGCAUCUGUGAACAGUGGAGAACAGGUGGUAACAACGGAGCUGUCUUCACGGACUACUGUCUCUGAGGUAGAGACAAAAAUUUCCUCUCUUCAUUUAAGCAUGGAUACAAAAUGGGGUCACCCUAUUACUGUGAAAGAUACUGAAGCUGCAGUCAACCUGCCCCUGCUUGACCAAGCAGAGGUGGAAGAUGUGGAGGAAGAGCUCCCUGAUGGCUUGGAAGACGCCUGUAGUCAAGAUGAGGAGGGAGAAGAGGAGGAUGGGGAAGGUGAAUCAGAUGGCUCUUCCUCAGCUGGCUUAUCCCCCAAUGGCUCUGUGGCUAUUAUAUCCAGGAAUUGUAUUGAGGGAUUGGUGCCACCGCUGGAGGGCCAAGAGCGAAUUCUCAAGUCAGCUCUCACAUGCAGCCUAUUCCCUAACGUGUCUCCCACCGUAUACUUUGGUACCCGAGAUGAGAGGGUGGAGAAGCUCCCAUGGGAGCAGAGAAAGAUGCUGCGAUGGAAGAUGAGCACAGUGACCCCCAACAUUGUGAAGCAAACUAUUGCCAGGUCCAACUUCAAAAUCAGCAAGAGAAACAAUGACUGGCUGGGCUGCUGGGGCCAUCACAUGAAAUCUCCUGGGUUCAGAAUUAUCAGGGAACACCAGAAGUUGAACCACUUUCCUGGCUCAUUCCAAAUUGGACGAAAGGACCGUCUGUGGAGAAAUGUGUCCAAGAUGCAGGUGCGCUUUGGGAAAAAGGAAUUCAAUUUCCUGCCCCAGUCCUUCAUCCUCCCUCAAGAUAUCAAGCUACUGAGGAAGGCAUGGGAAGAUUGUGGGAGCCGCCAGAAAUGGAUUGUCAAGCCGCCAGCGUCAGCCAGGGGCAUUGGCAUCCAGGUCAUCCACAAGUGGAGUCAGUUGCCCAAGCGCAGGCCACUGCUGGUGCAAAGGUACUUACAUAAACCCUACCUCAUUGGUGGAAGUAAGUUCGACUUACGGAUUUAUGUUUACGUUACAUGCUAUGAUCCACUGCGUGUCUACUUGUUCAAAGAUGGACUUGUUCGCUUUGCCAGCUGCAAAUAUUCCUCCUCCAUGAAGAGCCUCAGCAACAAGUACAUGCACUUGACCAAUUACAGUAUCAACAAGAAGAACAUUGAGUACAAACCCAACGCAGAUGAAACUGCUUGCCAGGGUCACAAAUGGGCCCUGAAGGCACUCUGGAACUAUUUGAACCAGAAAGGAGUUGACAGUGAUGCCAUCUGGGAGAAGAUAAAAGACAUUGUUGUCAAAACCAUAAUUGCAUCAGAGCCCUACAUAAUCAACCUCGUAAAGAUGUAUGUGCGGCGCCCUUACUGCUGCCAUGAGCUGUUUGGGUUUGAUGUCAUGCUGGAUGAGAACCUCAAGCCAUGGAUCCUGGAAGUCAAUAUCUCUCCCAGCCUCCAUUCAAACUCUCCUCUGGAUGUGAGCAUCAAGGGCCAAAUGGUCCGGGAUGCACUCAAUUUGGCUGGCUUCAUGUUGCCAAAUGCAGAUGAUGUGGCUUCACCCUCUGGAAGUGCCAGCAGCUCCACAACCAGCUUGAAUAGUGUCAUGAAGGAAAAGUCCAGGUCAUCUCUUGAGCUGUUCACUUCUGAGAAGACAAAGAGAGCUUAUUACCUGACCCCGAAAGUGCCUGAUCAGGAAUUCUACUCCUCCAUCCUGGAUGUCCUGACCCCAGAGGAUGUGCGUGUGCUGGUAGAGACAGAGGAUGAGUUUGCUCGGCGUGGGCAGUUUGAGCGUGUCUUCCCCUCACGUGUCUCUAUGCGCUACCUGCGCUUCUUUGAGCAACCACGAUACUUCAACAUCCUCACUACCCAGUGGGAGCUGAAAUAUUUCUUGAAUAAGACCAAAGGGGUGGACCUGCUCAGAAACUGGUGUCACAAAGGCUAUCACAAUGGAAUAGUGACAGAUUCCACCCAACUGUGGUCUGUGCCAAGAAACCAUGUCUACUUGAAGAAUGAUCUCCACUUGAAUGGCUUGAGCAAGGUGGAGUCAGGCAGAGCUAGCAAAGUCCUUGGUCAGCGAGAUGGAGAGGAGCCAGUCCGAAGUCCUGAGCCAAACCCUUCUACUCAAAGCUUACCUCUGAUUAAAUACGCAGCUGGAACUCUCAAGAAAUCUGCAGUCUCUCAGGCCCUCAGCAACUCAAGCCUGGUAAAGUGAUGAGAGACUGGCCAGCUUGUCCUCCCUUUCAGUGUGGGGAGGGAGCUCAUGACCUACCUCAGUGGAAGCUAGGAGAACCAGCGUUGGAAACAUGAGGAUAACCUCUCGUCCAACAUGCCCACCAUAGAACUAUUUUUUGGAAAGGGAAGUGAGACAAAGGAGAUCUUUUACUUGAUGAAAAGAGACAAAUACUCUGUUUAUAGUUUUUUAUGACAAAAAAAGUUUCUCAACAUAGAAGCUUGGAAAACCUAUUUCAUUUUUAGUGUGAAUUCCUUGCAGUUCAUGACCUUGCCAUGUUCCUCACCACCUGAGCCACAAGUGCCUCUCACUUCUAAGUGCCAACAUAUUAGAUUAUACUGGGCACUGCCAGCCUUUGUGUCAUUUCUUACAAUGCCCUACUAUCAUGGGACAGUGUAAAAUGCCCUGCUAUCAUGGGACAGUGUAAAAUGCCCUGCUAUCAUGGGACAAAGUUUUGCAUGUUUGUAUUCAGCUUGGAAGUCCCACACAUUCACAACUGGACAGAACAAGCUCCUUGUUGGCCAAAGAUCUGGGACAAAAAUCUUUAAAGUGUCUUAUCUGAUACAAAACAGACAAAGUUAUUAGCUCCCCAGGGCACCUUAAGAGAAAGAGUCUUUGGAUAGUGAGGGGGUGUGUCUGGUUUGAUAUUCUCUAGGUACUUGUCCAUAUUUUCUUUAUACUUGGCACAGUAUUCCUGAAGGGCUUUAGUGCUUGAAGAUACUGUAUUGCUUAUUAUGGAAAAGUAGGUCUUGCAGUGUGUUUGUGGAAAGCACUGCUGCGUAGCAUAAGCAGAACACUAGUGAUUUCAUCUUGAGCCACGAGGAUUAUGUUUUGUUCUGCUACGAAAUGGGCACAUCUGUAUGAUUCCCCUCUUAGAAGGGCCAGGUAGUGAUCAUUGUUAUGCCUUCUAGCACACAUACACACCCUAGAACACACACAUUCUAAUUUCUUUAUCCCCCAAGAAAGACUUGAUUAAAAUUUAGGACUUGUGGCUGCUUAGGAGUAUGUUUAUUGCUUUAAGUGCUGCAAAUUGACUCGGUUGGUGGCAUUUCUCGGUUGGUGGCAUUGACUCGGUUGGUCGUUGUUGUCUUCUUGCUGCUAUACAGACUUCUGCCCCUUCUGCACUUGUCAUAAUCUGGUGCACUGUAUUAUUUAUAUUGUAUUUAUUUAAGUAUACAUUUGUAUAUUUCCAAAACACAGACAUCUCUAAGCAGUUUACAGAAGAUUCAAAUACAAUACAAAAAUUAAAAACAAAUACUUGAGCCAA